CGUCAUUUCCGGCGCGCCGGUCACGACGCAUCCGGGUUCUGGCGUAGGAGCGGCGGUCUUCUCGCGCGGAUUGUGAAGCUGAGUUUUGGUACGCUGGACCCUCGGAGAGACAGCAAGAGAGAGACAAGCCCGAGGCCUGACUUCUAGCUCUCCUGAGUUUAAGCCCUAUGAGCAGUGGAACCUAGGUGACUGGCCAUGUCAUUGUCCCACUUGUACCGGGAUGGGGAAGGCCGCAUUGAUGAUGAUGAUGAUGAGCGGGAGAACUUUGAGAUCACUGACUGGGAUCUCCAGAAUGAGUUCAACCCCAACCGACAGCGCCACUGGCAGACCAAGGAAGAAGCCACCUACGGGGUGUGGGCAGAGCGAGACUCGGAUGAUGAGAGGCCCAGCUUUGGAGGCAAACGGGCCCGUGACUACUCUGCGCCAGUCAACUUCAUCAGUGCGGGACUCAAGAAAGGGGCAGCGGAGGAGGCAGAGUUGGAAGAUUCUGAUGAUGAAGAGAGACCUGUUAAGCAGGACGACUUUCCUAAGGAUUUUGGACCAAGGAAGUUAAAAACGGGUGGCAAUUUUAAGCCCAGCCAGAAAGGUUUUGCAGGAGGAACCAAAUCUUUCAUGGACUUCGGCAGCUGGGAAAGACACACAAAAGGAAUUGGACAGAAGCUUCUUCAGAAGAUGGGCUACGUCCCUGGACGGGGCCUUGGGAAGAAUGCACAAGGUAUCAUUAACCCAAUCGAAGCCAAGCAGAGAAAGGGAAAAGGUGCUGUGGGGGCUUAUGGAUCCGAGCGCACCACGCAGUCAAUGCAAGACUUCCCUGUGGUUGACUCAGAGGAAGAAGCCGAAGAGGAGUUUCAGAAGGAGCUGAGCCAGUGGAGGAAAGACCCAAGUGGAAGCAAGAAGAAGCCCAAAUACUCUUACAAGACCGUGGAAGAGUUGAAGGCCAAGGGCAGGAUUAGCAAGAAGCUCACUGCUCCCCAGAAGGAGCUUUCUCAAGUCAAGGUCAUAGACAUGACAGGCCGGGAGCAAAAGGUCUACUACAGCUACAGUCAGAUCAGCCACAAGCACAAUGUUCCCGAUGAUGGGCUGCUGCUGCAGUCCCAACAGCUGCCACAGUCUGGCAAAGAGGCCAAGGCUCCGGGCUUUGCGCUGCCCGAGCUGGAGCACAACCUGCAGCUGCUCAUUGACCUCACGGAGCAGGAGAUCAUCCAGAAUGACCGGCAGCUACAGUAUGAGCGGGACAUGGUGGUCAACCUCUUCCACGAGCUGGAGAAGAUGACCGAGGUCCUGGACCAUGAGGAGCGGGUCAUCUCGAACCUCAGCAAGGUCCUGGAGAUGGUGGAGGAGUGCGAGCGGCGGAUGCAGCCCGACUGCAGCAACCCCCUCACCCUGGACGAGUGUGCCCGCAUCUUCGAAACCCUGCAGGACAAGUACUAUGAGGAGUACAGGAUGUCCGACCGUGUGGACCUCGCCGUGGCCAUCAUCUAUCCACUCAUGAAGGAGUACUUCAAGGAGUGGGAUCCCCUCAAAGACUGCACUUACGGCACCGAGAUAAUCUCCAAGUGGAAAAGCCUCCUGGAGAAUGACCAGCUCUUGUCUCAUGGUGGACAGGACCUCUCGGCAGAUGCCUUUCACAGGUUGAUAUGGGAAGUCUGGAUGCCUUUUGUUCGAAAUAUUGUCACUCAGUGGCAGCCAAGGAACUGUGACCCGAUGGUGGACUUUUUGGAUAGUUGGGUGCACAUCAUUCCUGUGUGGAUCUUAGAUAAUAUACUGGACCAACUCAUCUUCCCCAAGCUGCAAAAGGAGGUGGAAAACUGGAACCCGCUCACAGACACUGUUCCCAUCCACUCUUGGAUCCACCCAUGGUUGCCCCUUAUGCAGGCACGGCUGGAGCCGCUCUAUUCCCCCAUCCGUAGCAAGCUGUCCAGUGCCCUGCAGAAGUGGCACCCCAGCGAUUCCUCUGCCAAGCUCAUCCUCCAGCCCUGGAAGGAUGUCUUCACUCCUGGCUCCUGGGAAGCAUUCAUGGUCAAAAACAUAGUGCCCAAGCUGGGGAUGUGUCUUGGUGAGCUGGUCAUUAACCCCCACCAGCAGCACAUGGAUGCGUUCUAUUGGGUGAUCGACUGGGAAGGGAUGAUCUCUGUCUCUAGUCUGGUGGGACUUCUUGAAAAACACUUCUUCCCCAAGUGGCUUCAGGUGCUGUGCUCUUGGCUCAGUAACAGCCCAAAUUAUGAGGAGAUCACCAAGUGGUACCUGGGUUGGAAGUCUAUGUUCUCAGACCAAGUGCUGGCGCAUCCAUCUGUCAAGGACAAAUUUAACGAGGCACUUGAUAUCAUGAACCGGGCGGUGUCCUCCAACGUUGGUGCCUACAUGCAGCCAGGAGCACGGGAGAACAUUGCCUAUCUCACCCACACGGAGCGAAGGAAGGACUUCCAGUACGAGGCCAUGCAGGAGAGGCGGGAGGCUGAGAACAUGGCCCAGAGGGGCAUUGGCGUGGCCGCCAGCUCUGUGCCCAUGAACUUUAAGGACCUCAUUGAGACCAAGGCUGAGGAGCACAACAUUGUCUUCAUGCCCGUCAUUGGGAAGCGACACGAAGGGAAGCAGCUCUACACCUUUGGCCGCAUUGUGAUCUACAUCGACCGGGGAGUGGUCUUUGUCCAGGGCGAGAAGACAUGGGUGCCCACCUCACUGCAGAGCCUGAUCGACAUGGCCAAGUGAACUGUGGCAGGUCCAGAGCCAGCCAGAGACUUGCCCCUGAGAGGGAUGUGUUGUGAAUAAACAGUAUUUUAGUUCACCUUCAAAAGCGUAACUUCUUUACUCAGGAGCUACUCCACAUUGGGCCAGGUCACGAGGGAAGGAUGUAAAGCGGGACAAUGCCACUUAGCAGUGCAGGAAUCUAUACCAAGUCCUCAUGUGGGGUAUCGUCCUCAAAACAAGACAGCCAAGUUGAUGUUCUUUCCUGGCAAAGGAGUUCUCUGUAGUUCCUCCAUGGCAGCCUUCCCUUUAGUCUCCGGUGGCAGCUUCUACCUCAGCCAACCUCACAGUGAGUUCAGUCAGUAGCGGAAGGAUCUUCUGUCUUGUUCCUGAUGAUUUCAAGGUCCUCACAGUCCUGAUAAUCUGGUUCUUCCUGAAACUCCCAAAUAUCUGUGGAGAGCUGUUCUAGCUUUUGCACGGGGAACCAGUGGACAGAGGUAUCAUUAAAUAUGUCCAUGUAUUGUGAAGUCUGAGGAAACUCAAGCUCCUCCAGUCCUUUUAAAAUCUGAGCAGAAAAAUGCAAGUGUGAAAACUUUAGCUAGUCACAGUAAUCCCCACCCUUCUGGGAGAAAUUGCCAUUUUACUUGUCAUCCCACUUUCCUUUUUAAAAAAAUAACAAAUAGGAUAUUUCAAUUUAAAUGCUUUUGCACAAUGAAUUGGGCGCCCCAAGGACAGUGGAUAUCAUGGACUGUGAUACUGGGAAUAAAGGAAAUAAGGAAAAAACUAAGAGAUGCAUUAAAGAGUCAUAGCUUUCUGGAACACAGACCCAUGGAGAGAGCUGACAGUACACUAGCGCCACUUAGCCCCUGAGUUUCCUCCUACACCUGUAAAGAUAGAAUUCUUCACAGUUUCACACCCUUUUCCAUCCCAGCCCCUUUAUUCAGAUAGAUACCUUCGCAAUGUAGGGAUAAUUUUUAUGCAGAAUCCUUGCCAACAACCU